AUGCCGGAUAACGACCCUACUGGCGACGAUGGCGACACUCAUCGCACUCCCGACGCGUCGCAGCCGCAGCCGAGCGACGAAGUCGCAGGCGACGGAAACCCCGGCGACGAAAAUUCUGGCGAAGACGACGACGACACUCCCGAGGGCCGCGCGACGCAGCUGAACAUGUACCUGUCGGACGACGGCGAAGUGCUGGACCUCACUGGUAACCAGCUCAAGGACCUCGCCGGCAUUCCCCUCCCACCGACUCUCACCGAUCUGGACCUCACCACCAACCGCCUCGCCGCGCUGGACCCGCGGAUCGGCGACCUGGAGCGGUUGGAGAAGCUGUCCGGGGAGCCAGAGCCCUCGCAUUUCCCCCUCUCCCCAUCUUUCCUCUCUCCCCCCUCGCCGCUCUCUCCCCUCUCCUUCCUCUCCCUCCUCUCCUCCUCCCUCUCCUCCUUCUCACUCCCCCCGCGCCACUCCCCCCGCGCCACGCCCUCCAUCGCUCCCACCCCGCAGCAGCUCGUGCAGCGCCACGUCACGCAGUG